CCAAAAUACUCGAAAAAAAAAACCAUGGACAACGAAAAAGCGUUGCAACGCCGCCACCAAAUUUCAAAUGCACAGAGCCGUCAACUAAUAGCGAUAACCAUUGCAAAUUUGUUACCAGAGAUUAAAAGAAAAUACAAAAAAGUACGUUUAAAGGCCAGACGAAAGUCAUGCAUUUCUUGCGCAAGCACAGUUGCGCUGGUAUUCUUGACUCUACUGCAUCCGGUGACCAGUAAUCGGCCACCACGAUUUGCCAUCGACGGUGGUCAAUCUGAAAUUGUUUUGCGACUGAAGGAGAGCCCGGAGACAGCCGUAGGUUCCCACAUAUAUACUCUUAAAGGUUUCGACCCCGAUAAUGAUCCUUUAAUAUUCGGCAAACGUCCGUCCCACGACAGCGAAGUCAUACGCAUUGAGAAUACAGGAGACAAUCAGGCUAAUAUCUACUUAGCCAAAGAAUUAGAUAGAGAGUUGCAAGACGAAUACUCGAUAGUUCUAACGCUAACCGAUAAUCAUUACAACGACUACAAUUACGUCACGCAAAGUUUUCUGCUACUCGUGGAGGACAUUAACGACAAUGCACCAAUAUUUUUACCUUAUCAAAAUGCCAUCGAAAUACCGGAAAAUAGUGAUCCUGGUAUUAUAACAACAAUAGAAGCAACGGAUGAGGACGAAGGUGCCUAUGGGCAAGUCGUCUACUAUCUACAAGAGUUGGAUGGCGACAACGACAUGUUCUCCAUAUCCACAUAUCAGGGCAAGGGUGUGCUACGGCUGAUGGGCGAGUUAGAUUACGAAACUAAAAGUCUGUACCAAUUGCGUAUUUUAGCUGUCGAUCGCGCUAAUCAGGGACCCGUAAAUACUGGCACCGCAGCCAUUCUAGUCAAAGUGGGUGAUGUCGGCGAUCAACCACCCGAGUUUGUUGAAGUCCAAGCAGUAGCACGCAUUCCUGAGAAUGCAGAAAUAGGCACACGUGUGCUACGUGUACGCGCUAUUGAUGGCGAUCGUGGCAUAAACAAUCCCAUUCAGUAUGAAUUAGAAGCCAAUGAGUUGUUCGACAUUGACCGGCAGACAGGCGUAGUCUACACAGCGCAACAGCUCGAUCGUGAGGAUAGCAGCAAGCAAGUAAAUGGAGCGUAUAUUCUAAAAAUAACAGCCACCGAGGUGCCACAACUUCAAAUGCGUGCAUCGGAGGAGGUGAUGCACAUCAAAACGGAAGUCACCGUGAUCGUAACGGACAUAAAUGAUGAAAUACCAACAUUCAGACAAUUUAUUUACCGAUGCGAGGUCAAUGAGAACUCACAAAGUAAUACACCAUUGAGUUUCAUAGAUGAUGAUGUGCAAAAUUAUGUCGAAGAUCACGAUAUGGGCAAUAAUGGCACAUUUCGUUUGUUUUUGGAUCCGCCAAAUGAUCUGUUCGAAAUUGUGCCUGCCGUGGCAGUGAAUGAGGCAAACUUCAUGGUGAGAGUGAAGAACGCGAAGGCUAUCGAUUACGAAGAAAUGAAGGAGAUUAACUUCACACUUUUUGCAAGAGAGAUCGAUGAGCCGACUAGGUGGAGCUCUGCACAUCUUCAAGUUUAUAUUCGCGAUCAAAAUGAUAAUUUUCCCGAGUUUACACAAGCAAUAUACAAUGCGAGUGUGCCAGAGAAUAGUGAACUAGGCACCAUCGUUACAAAAGUCGAAGCCACGGAUGUAGAUUCUGGCGAUUUCGGCUCAAUGGGUAUACGAUUUAUGAGCCUACGCGGCAGCAUCGCACAUUUACUACAUCUUAAUCCCAUUACUGGUGUUAUUACCAUCAAACAGGCGGACGACUCAGCUUUCGAUCGCGAAAUCAUUUCGCUGCAUUACCUUACCGUUGAAGCUAUCGACAAUGUUGGCAUUGGAAACCGCAACACCGCACAAAUCAUAGUCAAUAUUGAGGAUGUCAAUGAUAAUGCACCAAUUUUUUUACAACGUCACUAUGAGGCUAAAUUGCUGGAAAAUAAAGCCGAGUUCGAGACACCACUGCUAUUAGAAGCGCGCGACAUAGAUCUCAGUGGCACCGAGAACAGUCAGAUCACUUACGAGCUUGUCGACGAUCUUUAUCGUGGCAAUUUCAGUAUUGAUCCCAAAAAUGGUCUGCUGCGGCCAUUGCACGCUUUCGACUAUGAAGAAUUGCUGGAGAGUAGGCGACGUGUGCGGCGAGGUGUCAAUAAUGGUAUACGUGAAAUCGAUUUGUUGGUGCGUGCACGUGACUCGGGCAUUCCUAUGCUCUCGAGUGUGGUGCCGGUGCUUGUAUAUCUUGAAGAUGUAAACGAUAACCCGCCCAUAUUUCAAAAGAAUUUCUAUGCCAAGACUAUACCAGAGGACCUGCCGGGUGGAAGCUCGAUACUACAGGUGAUGGCAAUCGAUCGUGAUGGGGCUGCGCCGAACAACGUGGUGGUAUACCGCAUACAAAUGGGUGCCAGUGAUAAGUUUAUCAUUAAUUCGGAAUCUGGCGUUAUAUCGGUGGCACAUGGCGCAAAUCUUGAUCCAGAUUUGACGGAACCGAAAAAACUUGUCUAUACGCUGACUGUGCUCGCUUUGGAUGGAGGUUUAGGCAACUCACAACUCAUGAACUCUGCCACGGUUAAUAUAACCAUUAAGGAUAUAAAUAAUAAACCACCCGUUUUAGGAGAGCUACCCACCAUACGAAUUAUGGAAAAUACUGCUGUAGGCACUCAAGUAUAUCGAGUACAGGCCACGGAUCCUGACGAAUUGCCAAUUAUACGAUAUCGCCUGAAUAGGGACAACUGUGAAGCGCGCAAUGAAGAGGGAACCUUUAUCAAACUUACAGAAUUUGAUUUUUUAAGCGCAGUCGACUUGGAUCCUAUUGAAGGGACAUUGAAGCUGCUCAAACUUCUGGAUCGCGAGAAAGUCGAACAUCUCAAGCUGGCCAUAAGCGCUGAGGACUUGGCUGCAGUGAAAGGGAGGCAAGUGGUGGAAGCUUUUCUAAACAUAAUAAUCGAAGAUGUAAAUGAUAACAAUCCGAAGUUCAAGCAGCCGUUCUAUCGCAAAACGAUUACCGAGAACAGCAUUAACGGUGUAUUGAUUGCAAAUAUACUCGCCUAUGAUGUGGACAAAAAUAAAACAAUCACAUAUUCAUUAGAGGGUAAUCCCGCGAUAAGGAAUCUGGUACAUCUUGACCCACAAACUGGCGAGUUGGUAGUGGCGAAUAAAAUUGACCACGAACAAUUUCAGUGGUUGAAUUUGACGGUGCGCGCAACAGAUUCAGGUGUGCCGCCACGAUCCACACUCGUCGAUGUUUAUGUGUCCGUGUUAGAUGAGAACGAUAAUAAUCCGUAUUUCAUUGGUGGUUCGCAGAACUAUACAAUAAGUGAGAACGCCGAAAAAGGUGCACGCAUUGGCACAGUACUGGCAACCGAUGCUGAUUCAGGAGAUUUUGGCAAAAUCACUUUUCUCAUGGAUCGCAUAAGUUCGCAGGGAAAAUUUUCAAUUGAUGCAGACACUGGUGUGCUCUCGGUUGCCGAUAGAUUAGAUCGUGAAACAAAAGACUUUUACAUGCUGGUCAUCGAAGCUUGGGACAAUUAUCAGUUUGGUUUCCUGGCGGGCGAGAGUCGUAAUGCCUUCAAGCAAAUAUUUAUAACCAUAUUGGAUGAGAAUGAUAAUGCACCCGAAGUUUUCCUACCUAGCAGCUGUGUGCUGAUCACCGAGUACCAUGACAUGAAUGAAAAAAUUGCCACUAUUCAUGGCAAAGAUGCCGAUGAUUCGGAUUCACCAAAUGGACGCUUAGAAUUUCAAAUUACGAAAGGCAAUAAAUAUGAUCUUUUCGAGCUACGACAGAUCGACGAGUGGACUGCAAAUAUUUACGCACAUACGCUUUUGCGCAACAAAUUUGGUAAUUACACGCUCACCAUAGCUACACGCGAUUUAGGUGUUCCCUCGAAUAUCGUGACCAACACUUUGGAUAUUUGUAUAUCCGAUUUUAAUGAUCAUCCACCAGUUUUCGUGACACCUUUACAUAAUACUACACUGCGCAUACCCGAGAAUACUACUGUGGGCACACAACUGCUGCAAGUGGUGGCCACCGAUGAAGAUAUUGGCAUGAAUGCGUUGGUGCACUAUCGCUUAAAACCUGAUCCACUGGGCAGCUACAAAAUAUUCGAUAUCGACAGUGAAACUGGACAAUUGUUUUUGAAGGAGCAACUAAAUCGUGAGAAGCAAAAGAUACAUGAGAUAAGAAUCGAAGCAUACGAUCAGGGACUUCCAAACUCUUUGAGCACCGACUUGGACUUAACGAUCUAUAUAAGGAACGUUAAUGAAUACGAACCACAAUUUGUGGUGGAAGAAAUACACGUUAACUUUACAGAGCACGCUGAUCCCGGUUCAGAGCGUGUUAAGCUACCGGACACAAUUGACAAAGACGAAGUAGAUGAUCUCGAUGACCCACCCAGCUCGGUUUGUUAUUUCAUUGUGAAAGGCAACGAGCAAGGCUACUUUAAACUUAAUCCCGAAACGCAUAUACUCAGCGUGGAGAAAGAACUAGAUCGUGAGUUAAUUGCCAACUACACUCUCUUUGUGAGAGCAACGGAGAAUUGUUCAUACGAAAAAUUCUCGUAUGCAUCUGAAAAAACCGCUGGCAAUCGCCGGUCAGAUGGCAUUGUAGAUAACGGCGCUCGCUGGCAAGGGCAGUCUAAUGUUGGCCGAAAACAAGCCGGGUUUCUGCGCAAUUCACAAUUUUUCGAUCGCUAUAAGCAUUCACGUAAUUUGCGCUCAAUCAUCGAUGAGGAAACUCCCCACGCGCAAGAGUCGUACGAGUUUACCGACGAUAAUGUCUCGUUAACUAGCGAAGAGGUGCUGCUAUUCGAUAGCACUGUGGUGCGUGUGCGUGUACGUGUGUUGGACAUUAACGAUAAUCCGCCGCAUUUUCGCACGAAGGUAUUCACAGGCGGCAUAACCACAAGUGCUGAUUUUGGCACGAAAUUUAUGCGUGUAGAAGCUUUAGAUCCGGAUGAGGGCGUGAAUGCCAAGAUCUCUUACUAUAUGGUCGGUGAGAUCCGGCAGACGUUAGCAGAGGGUUUGGAAAAUGUCAAAAAGUCGCCAUUUCUGGUGGACCCUAAGACGGGUGAUGUGCAAUUAAAUUUCGAUCCACAAAAAAGUAUGAAAGGAUAUUUUGAUUUUAUGAUAUUAGCUAACGAUACGUUGGGCAUGAAGGAUGUGGCGCAUGUAUUUAUCUAUUUGCUGAGAGAGGAUCAGAAGGUGAAAUUUGUUUUCCGCUUACAACCAGACGAGUUGCGACUCAAAAUCAACACAUUCAGAGAGACACUCAGCCAUGUCACCGGCGCAAUUGUGAAUAUAGAUGAAAUAAAGGUGCAUGAAAAUAAAGAUGGUUCCGUGGAUAAAACGAAAACUGAUCUUUACAUGCAUUUGGUGGAGCGAGAGGAUAAUUCAAUAUAUGAUGUGCCGGAGGUGCUAAAGCUAAUCGAUCAGCACAUAGAACAUUUGGAUAAUCUUUUCAAGGAGCUGAACGUAUUGGAUACUCAGGCAGCGGAGGCUGAACUACUAGUUGCUGGGCCACCGAAACCAAUGUUUAUUUGGCUAAUUUUCACAAAUUUAUUUUUGGCCACAUUGUUGGUGGUCACGUUGGCUUUGUGUGCCUCACAACGAAAAGGCUACAAGAGACAACUGCGCGCCGCCAAAGUGAAUAUAUUUAGAAACUCUUCGUUGUCGCUGCAAAACAGCACCGAACCAGCUACUCGAGUACCAAAUACGAAUAAACACAGCGUUCAAGGCUCAAAUCCCAUCUGGCUGAAGGGCUAUGAGAACGAAUGGUUCAGAAAUGAGGAAAAUCUAAGUCAAGGUGGCCAGGAUUCGUUGGAUGACAAUUUUCUAGCCAUUGGUACACAGGACAUACACGAGACGCUAAAAGGCACUGCAAAACUCUUCAAUCACACAAACGACCUCAACCGGCACUUUAAUGUGUACAACCAAAUCGAUAAAUUAACAAAUAAUGCUCAAAUAUUAGCGCGUAAAUUAGAGACUACAGAAUUGUAAGAAAGAAUA